GCUCGUGGACCGAAAAAACAUUUGAAACGGCUUAAUGCCCCAAGUCAUUGGAUGUUGGAUAAACUUACGGGUACUUAUGCUCCAAGACCAUCAGCUGGACCCCAUAAGCUUCGUGAAUGUUUACCUCUUGUUAUUUUCUUGAGAAACCGUCUUAAAUAUGCCCUCACCAAAAAGGAAGUACAAAGCAUUUUAAUGCAACGCCUCGUAAAGGUAGACGAUGUUAUAACCAUAGAAAAAACCGGUGAAAACUUCCGUCUUAUUUAUGAUACUAAGGGUCGGUUCACUAUCCAUAAAAUAACUGCUGAUGAGGCUACUUAUAAAUUGGCCAAGGUUAAAAAGGUUCAGUUUGGUGCUAAAGGAAUCCCAUAUCUUGUAACCCAUGAUGGCCGUACAAUCCGUUAUCCUGAUCCUAUUAUCAAAGUUAAUGAUACUGUUAGACUUGAUUUAGAAACUGGCAAGAUCAUUGAGCAUAUCAAAUUCGAGGUCGGAAACGUUGCUAUGAUCACGGGUGGUCGUAACAUGGGACGUGUUGGAAUAGUAACUCAUCGUGAACGACAUAUUGGAGGUUUCGACAUUAUCCAUGUUAAGGAUGCCAUGGAUAGGCAAUUCGCUACACGGCUAACUAAUGUCUUUAUUAUUGGUGAGGGUAACAAGCCUUCGAUCUCAUUGCCAAAGGGUAAAGGUGUCAAACUGACUAUCUCUGAAGAACGUGACAG